UCCCGCCCCUCCAUCCAGCUCCAAGGAAGGAAGGAGGAACUGCUCGAGCCGCAUGUGUCACUUCCAGUAUGCUGCAAACCCGUGGUGCUAUGUGACUGCUGUGGACUAUUUAGGUGGUUUUGCUGUUGUUGGGAAGCAAGGUUUGAGAGUUUAGAAUAAAAGCCGGUGUUUCGGGGGGUCGUGGGGUGCGCAGGGAAGGUGGUGUGAGUGGUUUCGGAAGUGGAGCGUGGCAGCAUAAAAGGGAGAAGGGGGGUUUUCUUUUCCGUGUGAUAAAAGAUAGCUCGCUUCGCUUGCUUGCCACGACGGGACUGACGUAGAAUAUGGCGGAGCAUCACCCGGUUUCCGAUAACAGACACAAAUCCUCACUGAACUCUGGAGCGUCGUACUCUGGGAACGGGCGCAGCAGCACGGCGGUGGCGGAGAGAGGCAGCAACGCCGGGGCAGGAGGAGGUCUGUCCGGCGGCCUGUCGCAGCCAGCCGGGUGGCAGUCCCUGCUGUCUUUUACCAUCCUGUUCCUGGCCUGGCUGGCCGGUUUCAGCUCCAGGCUCUUUGCUGUCAUCCGCUUCGAGAGCAUCAUUCACGAGUUUGACCCCUGGUUCAACUACAGGUCGACUCACCACCUCACCACCAAUGGCUUCUACGAGUUCCUCAACUGGUUUGACGAGAGAGCAUGGUACCCCCUGGGAAGAAUAGUAGGGGGAACGGUGUACCCAGGCCUGAUGGUCACGGCGGGUCUCAUCCACUACGUCCUCAAUCUUCUGCACAUCACUGUCCACAUCCGGGACGUCUGUGUGUUCCUGGCGCCAGUGUUCAGUGGUCUGACCUCCAUCUCCACAUUUCUGCUCACCAGGGAGCUAUGGAACCAGGGGGCGGGGCUUCUCGCCGCCUGCUUCAUCGCCAUCGUCCCCGGCUACAUCUCCCGAUCUGUGGCUGGUUCGUUCGACAAUGAAGGCAUCGCCAUCUUUGCCCUGCAGUUUACCUACUAUCUCUGGGUGAAGUCUGUAAAGACGGGAUCAGUCUUUUGGACCAUCGGAUGCUGCCUCUCCUAUUUCUACAUGGUUUCAGCGUGGGGUGGAUAUGUGUUCAUCAUCAACCUUAUUCCUCUUCAUGUAUUUGUUCUGCUCCUCAUGCAGCGCUUCAGUAGAAGAGUCUACAUAGCCUACAGCACCUUCUACAUUAUUGGCCUCGUUUUGUCCAUGCAGAUCCCCUUUGUGGGCUUUCAGCCAAUCAGGACCAGUGAACACAUGGCUGCAGCAGGUGUGUUUGUGCUGCUUCAGGUGUAUGCCUUCCUGCAGUACCUGAAGGACAGACUGACCCGGCAGGAGUUUCAGACUCUGUUCUUCCUGGGAGUCUCUGUGGCUGCUGGAGUCGUUUUUCUCUCCGUUAUUUAUCUGACAUACACAGGAUACAUCGCUCCAUGGAGUGGACGCUUCUACUCCCUCUGGGAUACUGGCUAUGCUAAGAUUCACAUCCCUAUUAUAGCAUCAGUAUCAGAGCACCAGCCCACUACCUGGGUGUCCUUCUUCUUUGACCUUCACAUCCUCGUCUGCACCUUCCCAGCAGGCCUGUGGUUCUGUAUAAAGAACAUCAACGAUGAGCGUGUCUUUGUGGCCCUGUAUGCCAUCAGUGCUGUGUAUUUUGCCGGCGUCAUGGUGCGGUUGAUGCUGACUCUGACCCCGGUGGUGUGCAUGCUGUCAGCGGUGGCCUUCUCCAGCGUCUUCGAACACUAUCUGGGAGACGACAUGAAGAGGCAGAGCCCGCCUGCAGAGGACAGCAGUGAUGAGGACGACAGGAAAAAUGCUGGAAAUCUCUAUGACAAGGCCGGUAAAGUGAGAAAACACGUGUCGGAGCAGGAGAAGGCCGAGGAGGGCCUGGGUCCCAACAUCAAGUCCAUAGUCACCAUGCUGAUGCUGAUGCUGCUCAUGAUGUUCGCUGUGCACUGCACCUGGGUCACCAGCAACGCCUACUCCAGUCCCAGUGUAGUACUGGCGUCGUACAACCAUGACGGCUCUCGUAACAUCCUGGAUGACUUCAGGGAGGCCUACUAUUGGCUGAGGCAGAACACAGACGAGCACGCCAGAGUGAUGUCAUGGUGGGAUUAUGGAUACCAGAUCGCAGGGAUGGCCAACAGAACCACGCUAGUCGACAACAACACAUGGAACAACAGUCACAUAGCGCUGGUGGGCAAAGCCAUGUCAUCCAAUGAGAGUGCAGCCUAUGAGAUCAUGAGGUCUCUGGAUGUCGACUACGUCCUGAUCAUCUUUGGGGGUGUUAUUGGUUACUCAGGCGAUGACAUCAACAAGUUCCUGUGGAUGGUGCGCAUCGCAGAGGGAGAGCACCCCAGGGACAUCAGGGAAAGUGACUACUUCACCCCGCAGGGAGAGUUCAGAGUGGACAAAGCUGGAUCCCCCACUCUCCUCAACUGCCUUAUGUACAAAAUGUCUUACUACCGCUUUGGUGAAAUGCAGUUGGACUUCAGGACGCCACCAGGCUUUGACCGAACACGCAAUGCUGAGAUCGGCAACAAGGACAUCAAGCUGAAGCACCUGGAGGAGGCGUUCACCUCCGAGCACUGGCUGGUCAGGAUUUAUAAGGUGAAGAAGCUGGAGAACAGAGACCGAGUGGAGCACAAGAUACGAAGCACUGACACCACCAAGCAGAAGUACACCUCCAAAAAGACGGCCAAGAGGAAGCGUGGAUACAUCAAGAACAAGCUUUCCCUCAAAAAGGGCAAGAAACUGACCAAGAAAUCUUUAUAGAGCGUCCAGCACCAACAGAGGCACAUUAUGGACAGGAGGGAGGAAAAAGAAAAACAAAAAACUUUAACAAAAACAAACAGCAACGGUAAAUCCACCAAUCAAGAUGAGUAAGGAACACCUGAGGUUCUCUAAACCCCGUCACCCUGCCAGCCUCACCUGGAGGUCCUGGCUGGAAACGCUACCAUCACCCAAGGGGAACCUCGACUGUCCUUUGACCUGAUGAGCAGGGCGAAGGAGACAUUGGCUCAUCUGAGACCCUCCCACACUGGUUUUAACCUGAGGAACUGUGACCUUGACCCGCUUUUCUUUUUGUACUUGAAUGUGAGAGGAGACGGAGAGAGCAAGAGAGAUUAGCUGUCCUUAAUCCAGCGGCUCAGCUUGGGAUCGUUUAUGCAGUGCAUCAUUUAGAUAGAAAACAACACCUGCUGAGGGCCCUGAAUACUCAUAGAGCAAUGUCCAGAUGAAUGAAAUGCUGUUUUCCCUUGUUGGAGUUAAAUCAAUUCUUGAUAAGUAAUGUAAUGUAAAAGCAGAGAAACUGUUUUUCCAUUACAUCGUUCCUGCUCAUCCCGUAUUUCUUUAGUCUUCAGUGAUGAGAUUGAAACAUUCUCACUAUGCUGUUUUAAUUGAUUCUUCUUAAAAGUCACUGAUUGUGCUUAUGUUCUCACAUGCAGAGGCUUUCUCUCUUCAUAAACCUCACUCUGCUCUUUCUGACUGGACAUAUCAACCAAACUGCACAUGCUACUGAAAGGAUAAUUCAGGGGUAUUAAUUUGGUGUUUUUUAUUCCGUAAAUAUCACACUUUAACUCACCCAUACUAAGACUUCAUUACAAAGGCGACCUAGAAAAACAAGCCAACAUGUUUUAAGAGUUUUAACCAAAAAUCAGUUUGGAUCAUAUAUCCUGAUUUAAUAUUCAGCAUUGCUUUCUUCUGUUUAAGCCCAUCAAGACAGAUAUUUUCAGACUUUCUAAAGCUUCUUUAGGACAGUAAAAGUUAGACACAUUAUCCCCACUUGUGAAAAUUAAAUUAAAAGAAAAUUGGUUGCAGUUAAGAUAAUGUUUCUCAAUUUUUGUUCCUAUUUACUUCUCUGAAUGUUUCUUCUUAAAUGUCCAGGCGUUGAUGUAGUCCUGUCACAAUGAUCCCAGAUCUCAGUCAUGAAUUAAAACCGGUACAAUAGGUUCUUUGCAGAUGAUGUGUCGCCAAAGUGGAGAACUCCAGAUGGGGGGCAAGAAGUGACUUCUGCAUAAACGCUAUCAAAAUGCCAUAUUUUGUGCUGAUAACCACUGUCAACCUUUCAAAGUAGAAAAAUAAAACAUUGUUAAACACUUUUGUGUCCUGAAAGUAGUAGGAAAAGUCUCCAUCUUGCCUGGACGAGCGACGUCAUACCGCUUGUGUAUGAUAUGUUUCCACAAAGCGGUCAAGUUUGCUUCAGUAUAGUUUGAUCUUGCCUGUGUUUCUUCUGCUGAUGUCCAUCCAGUCUCACUCAUUGUGAUGGGAACUCCUUCUCUUUCAAGAGAUGUGGGUAAUUUGGCUCAGCUCAGCAGUUUGUUUAGUUCCCAAAAAUCUCUUCAUUAGGUACCAGUUUGACAUUUUAAAUGUGAAUUAAGUAAUAAAAAGACAGGAAAGAAAACUGUCACUGAAACGGGAGAUGGCUACCGAGGCACCGCUAGCCUCUUAGCUCAGGCUCCUGUUUUUCCUUGUCUGAGUAGACCAUGCAAAAUGCCAGGAGGUCUGCAGGCCUGAUGUCAUAUUUAUCACCUCCACGCCAGGUAAAUCAAUCGAAGUCACUUUUUUUGUAAGGUUCAGGGAUCUUACUCAGUGUCGGCUUCUGCUUCCCUCUCUCCCUAUGUUGGUUCACUUCCAGCACCCCAUCUGGCUUUGGCUCAGGAUCAUGUGACUGCAAACAACCUAUAUCACUAUAUAAUCUAACUGAUGAAUAUGAAUGCUUAAUGUGUAGUUUCUGCGAUUGUCAGAUCGGCUGAAUUACAAACUACAUAUGUAUUUAUGAUUUAAGAGCUGUGAAAUCCAGGAAAAUACUUAAAUCACCAGUUAAUGACAGAGGUGUAACCUAAGGCCAGGUGUAUACUGUAACUGUACUAUUGUUAAAAGUCAUGGUGGAGUGUCGGCUCACAUUUCACCACUAACACUCAUGAUUUCUGAACUCACCGUAUAAUCUGAUGGUCAGGCAUGACCGGAAUACUCUCACAAGUUAAAUUAGAAUGAACUGUUGAAAAAUGCCAAUAAAGUUUCCUUUGAAAACUCCCUCUGACAGGGGUCAAAUUCCGAUCUAUCUGUAUAUCAAUUGUCUCUUCUACACGGCUCAAAUACAGAUGACAAAACUGCACUUGGAGUGUCAUGCACACUCAAAGAAUCACCAUCAAACACAACUAGCAAGCUAAAUCACCAGUAAUAUACCCUGUCAGCUGGAGCUCCACGUAUAUGUUCUGCUCGUUCAUGUCUUUCAGGAUAGGAGGGUGAAAUCACAUCAAACAGGCAUAUCUACUGCUGCCAUGGUACUCGCUCAUGUGCAGGCACAUUUAGGAAAAAAGCCCUGAAGUUAAAGAAUAGACUCUCAUGCACGAGACUGCAGAUUUUACCAUGACCAACCCUAAUGCCUCCCUGUACACUGCACCACAAAAGAUGCAUGAUCAGACAAAAUCUGGCCGUCUUCAAAACAAGUCAUGUGGCUCAUGAAUCAGGUCAGAAUCAGUUUAAAUUGAAGUGUUUGCCUGGCCUGAGAGAAGUAAUCACAUAACACCAGGAGCCCUGCUUUGAAUAGAUAAACCCAAAUUAUUACAAACCUGAAUUAUCCUUGAAGCUCUGUGUGCUAUUCUAAUCUGUCAUAUUCAUGCAUUGUUGAACAGCACUGGUCUCAGAAUAGAGCAGGCCUGUGAGGGAACAUCUGUUGCAGAACAGUGGAUUUCAAACAUUCACAUAUCUUUGUUGAAGAUGCUUCAGGAAAGUCAGGCCAUAAAUCCAGGUGCACAUUUUAUCACUUUUUUUGAGUGUUAAUAAAUGAAUGUGUUGCUCACAUA